CCGCCGCCCGGCGUCGUGAUCCCGGCGGCGCCCGGCGCGCCCGCCGCGCCCGCGCCCGCGCCCCCGCUCGCCCCCGCGCCCCCGCCCGCCCUCGCGCCUGCUCCCGCGCCCCUGCCCGCGGACGGCGACGGCGGGCAGGCGGCGCUGCAGCGCAAGUUGCUGGACAGCUCGCCCGACACGCUGCAGCAGCAGGAGUCUCUGUCCAUCUCGGGGCAGUCGGCGCGGCACCUGGUGAUGCAGCGGCUGAUGCGGCGGCGCGCGUCGCGCACGCUGCUGCUGCGCAACAUGGUGUCGCCGCGCGAGGUGGACGACGCGCUGCACCACGAGAUCCGCGACGAGUGCGGCAAGUGGGGCCGCGUGCAGCGCGUGGUCAUCUACAACGAGCGCCAGAGCGAGGCCGACGACCCGGCGCGCGCGCACGUCAAGAUCUUCGUCGAGUUCGCCGAGCCGGACGAGGCGAGCGCGGCGGCGGCGGCGCUGGAGGGCCGCUACUUCGGCGGGCGCACCGUGCGCGCCGCGCUCUACGACCAGGACCUGUUCGACCACGGCGACCUGUCGGCCUGACGCGCGCCCCGCGCCCCGCGCGCCGCUCUGUACGACCAGGACCUGUUCGUACAGAGCGGCGCACUUGCCGCCGACUUAUUUUAAUAUACGAUUACGUUUAUA